AUGUCCGACACAGUCAUCAGCUACUAUCGAUAUGAUCCCAGCCAUGUUGCACCCGCUGUCUUUGCAGGUGUCGUGGGCCUCAGUUUAGUAGUGCAUAUAUGGCAGAAUUUUCACUACCGCUUUUGGAGAGUCACGUUCUGGCUAUUUUUGGGGAGUUUGGUGUUCACGAUCGGCUGGAUUCUUCGCUGCAUCAGCAGCUUUCAAACUGGAAAUAAGGGCCUUUAUAUCGCCCAGACGAUCUUUAUCUACCUGGCACCUCCGAUCUACUCUGCGGCUGCCUACAACAUGGUUGGUCGAUUGAUGAACUACCUUCCUAUGCACGCAGUCUUCCAUCCCGAUCGCGUCCUCAUCGUCUUCGUGUACUUGGGCGUGAUAGUGGAAACCGUCACUGCUGCUGGCGCCGCCAGGCUAGCGGCAGCACAGUCCAACUUAAAGCUCUUCAAGUCUGGAGGUGACCUGAUCACCACAGGACUCAUUCUUCAAAUUGUGGUCGAAAGCAUGGUCAUUCUCACCGUCGCAAUCAUUCAUCGCCGCGUAGCCAAAACGCGGCAUACUCCCCGCAAUGUCAAGAUUGUGUGCAGGACCCUCUACGGCACGUCCUUUUUUGUGCUGCUCCGAUGCAUCUUCCGGACUGUGGAGGCCUUUGAUCGAUUCGGCAAUAUUGACUGCACAAACAACUGUAGCCCCAUUGUGAGCAAUGAGUGGUACUUGUUCGCUUUUGAGCUGGGGCCGAUGUUGAUCUUCACUUAUUGGCUUAAUAUUCUACACCCGGGCCAAUACCUUCCGCGAGACAAGACUCGAUAUCUGGACCUGGACGGCCACACCGAGCGAAUGGGGCCUGGGUGGACGGAUCGUCGGAGCCGGUGGGCGACCUUUGCCGAUCCGCUAGAUUUUGAAGGCAAGAUCAAGGGUCAUGUCUCUCAUGAUGAGUUCUGGCUGAGGCCCGGUGAAUGGCCUGUUUGUGAAGAUGGCAGCUUUGUUGAUGGGACUGCUUCGAAUUCAAAAGCACCGCCAAGGUCGAUGAAGAGGGCGAAGAAGAGGGCGAAGGGGACGGAGGUACACUCAGUCUCGACUGUCACCGUCUAG